CCGACGACAGUAGAAUGGUUGGCGACCGGUCGAGAAAAGCGGUCAACCGCCGGUAACCGCAUGAAGUCGAUGCUCGCCAACGAAGAACCCGACUCAGAUCUCGAACUACUCUUCGCCGAAGACGAUAACGACGAAGGCUUCAGCGAUGUGGACGAUGCUGGUUCCGACGUGCAAAUGGACUCGUCCUCCGACGACGAGGAUGACCAGCAACAGGGGGACGAUUUGGACGGAGAAAAGGAGCUCGAAAAGCAGGCCAGGGAGAAGAAGCUGGCAUCGCGGAAACGCAAAGCCCAGGAAGCUAUCCCGGCCAAGUUCAGAAAAAAGGUCCGCAUCGAACAAGCGGCCGCACCCGCGCCGCGACCGAAAAAGAAAUCGGAACGGACGAGCUGGCUGCCCUCAGCGACUGACAUGCCUAUCCGCGCCUCGCUCCGUCAGACGACGAUGCUCAGCAAGGAGCAGCUGCACCAACAGAUGAAGGAACGCGAGGCGAAGCGUUUGAAACAGGUGGCCAUCAUGGAAAAGAAGGCACAGAAGCUCGAGGCGUCCAAGAAACCGCCAAUGACGCAGGCGGAACGGCUGGCUGAGGCGGCCCUCGUGGAAAAGCGCAACGCAAAGUCGUUGAACAGAUGGGAGGUGGCCGAAAAAGCGCGAGAAGAAGAGCGCCUUGCGAAGCUUGCCGCUCUCAACAACCGAACACUCAAGGGCCCUGUAGUGACGUACUGGAGCGGCAUUGGUGAGUGGGAGCAUCAUCUGAAGCACGUUGGCAGGACCCAGAUUCUCUUUGGACGGCGGAUGGACCGCCUUGCAAAGCCAGCGCCCCGGCCAGUAUGUGUCAUUACCGCCCACCCCGCUCGCUACCGCGACCCUGAGACGGGUUUACCUUAUUUCAACGCCUACGCGUACCGCGAAAUCCAACGACUCCGCCGCGGCGAGUACAAGUGGAGCAGCCUGCUUGGCGCAUGG